CCCCAGAGCCCCGCCUCCAAAUGACUCCUGGGAAAGGGUUCUAGGGUUCUGCUUGGGGAGCACGCGCUGGACAAGGCGCCACCGCCGCACCCUCGACGUGGCGGCGGAAGCGCUGCCGACAGCCCAGGGGCCUCCCCUCCGCACCCCUGCAGGCAUGGUGCUGCGGACCCCUUGCAGACCGAAGUCCCAGGAGGAGAAGACCUUGGCGCUGAGCGGAGCCCUGUAGUCCUGGCCCAGAUGGGCCCCAGCCCGGAGCUGCCCUAGGACCGAGGACAUGGCCCAGCAGCGGACGUUUAUCCUGGAUGUCCCCGCGACCCCCGGGGAUCAGGGCCUGGAGCCCAGCCCCGACGACGAGGAUGAGGUGCACGACUCCUUCCGGCAGCUCCUUCAGGAGCACGGCCAGUGGGCGGCCGAGGGGGACCUGGAGCUGCAGCCCAGGCGGGCCUCGGGUGGGGACCGCGAGACCCUCCUGGGGCCGGAGCUGGGCCCCGAGCUCAGCGCGGCCACGCUCCGCAUCCUGUCGUGCAUGCCCAGCCGGACCAUCGGCCGCAGCCGCGGGGCCGUUAUCUCGCAGUACUACAACCGCACCAUGCGGCUGCGGGCCAGCCGGCCCGGACUCCGCGCCGCGGGGCGCUCGGCCCGGCCCAGCCUGCGCGCCCACGACCUGGAGCUGGACCCCAGGGCGCGCGAGGAGCAGGAGAAGCGUCGGCUGCUGGCCAGGGAGCUGCAGGGCCUGGCGCCGGCCCAGCGCGCGCAGAUGCUGCGGUCCAUGCCCCUGAGCCUGGCCGAGAAGCGUCGCCUGCGGGAGGAGAGCCUGCCCCCCGGGGCGAAGCCGCGGGCCCGGGGCGGCCGGGGCCUGUCCUGCUGCGGCCGGCUGCUGGACGCCUGCGCCCUGGCCUCGCACGAGCUGGCCCUGGGGCUGCCGUCCGGCUGGCGGGCGCGGGCGCCCUGGCGCUACGCACUGAAGCGCAUCGGGGCGCAGUUCGGCUCGAGCGCGCUCUGCUACUUCCUCUUCCUCACGACGCUGCUGCGCUUCAACGCGCUGCUGCUGCUGCCUCUGCUGGCCUUCGUGGUGGGCGUGCAGGCCGCCUGCCCGCCGCGCGCCCCCGGGCCGCCGCCCGCCUUCACCGGCCUGGAGCUGCUCACGGGCGGGGGCCGCUUCACCCGCUCCGUCAUGUACUACGGCUACUACAGCAACGCCACGCUGGGCCCGUGCGCCGCGGGCGCCGCCCGCCUGGCCUACAACAUGCCCCUGGCGUACCUGCUCACCGUGGGCGCCGCCUUCUUCCUCACCUGCUUCACGCUGGUGUACAGCAUGGCUCGCUCCUUCAGCGAGAGCUACCGCGUGGGCAGCACCCUGGGCGCGCACGCCCUCACCGCCUUCUGCGCCUGGGACUACAAGGUCACGCAGAAGUGGGCCUGCCGCCUGCAGCAGGACAACAUCCGGACUCACCUGAAGGAGCUGCUGGCUGCCGAGUGGCGGCUGCGCCAGGGCCCCCGCGGCAUGUGCGGGCGGCUGCGGCGGGCGGUGCUGCGGGGCGCCGCGUGGCUGCUGUGUGCGGGGCUCGCGCUGGGCUGCACCGUGGCCGUUUACUACCUCUCUGAACACAUGCUCCAGAGCCCCGUGUCGGCCGAGCAGGCGGGCGCGCUGCUGGCUCUGCCCCUGGUCGUCUGUCUCAUCAACCUGGUGGUCCCCUACCUGUUCCGCGGCCUGGCCGCGCUGGAGCAGCAGGAGUCCCCGGGGCUGGAGGUGUACGUGGCCAUCUGCAGGAACCUCCUCCUGAAGAUGGCCACCCUGGGCGUCCUGUGCUACCACUGGCUGGGCCGCAGAGUGGCCACCCUGCGUGACCAGUGCUGGGAGGACUUCGUGGGCCAGGAGCUGUACCGGCUGGCGGUGCUGGACUUCAUCUUCACGCUGCUGGACACGCUCCUGGGGGAGCUGGUGUGGAGACUCGUGUACGAGAAGCAGCGGAAGAAGAGAGGGAAGCCCGAGUUCGACAUUGCCCGGAAUGUUCUGGAACUCAUUUACGGGCAGACCCUGAUCUGGCUGGGGGUCCUCUUCUCGCCGCUGCUCCCCGCGCUGCAGAUCCUCAAGCUGCUGGUCCUCUUCUACGUCAAGAAGGCCAGCCUCAUGGCCAACUGCCAGGCACCGCGCAGGCCCUGGCUGGCCUCGCACAUGAGCACCGUGUUCAUCUCGCUGCUCUGCUUCCCCGCCUUCCUGGGCGCCGCCGUCUUCCUCUGCUUCGCCGUGUGGCAGGUGAAGCCCUCGCGCACCUGCGGCCCCUUCCGGACCCUGGACACCAUGUACGAGGCGUGCCGGGCCUGGGUGCGGCACCUGGAGGCGGCGAGCCCCGGCGUGUCCUGGGUGCCCUGGGUGCACCGCCACCUGGUCGAGGACCCCUUCCCCACCUUCCUGGCGUCAGCCCUGCUCAUGGCCGUCAUCUACCUCAACAUCCAGGUGGUGCGGGGCCAGCGCACCGUCAUCGCCCUCCUCAAGGAGCAGAUCAGCAACGAGGGCGAGGACAAAAUUUUCUUGAUCAACAAGAUUCACUCCGUCUACGAGAGAAAGGAGAGGAGCAGGCUGCGGCGCUGGACGAGGCCCUGAGCUUCCUGGGAAGAGCCACAGGCCUGGGCCCCCGGCCGGGGCUGCGGGGGGCUGCGGGGGCCUGCAGCUCUGGCGGCCACGUCCUCCCCAGCGCCCGUUGGGAGGUGCGCAGACACCAGCUGCAGGGCACAGCCACGAGCCAGGUGUGCCAGGCUGGCCAGCGGCCCGACGCCAACGAGAGCCUUGCUCCUGCCACUCACGCUGCUGCCAGGCCCCAGUGCCAAGGGUGCGGCUCGUGGCCUAAUCCCUAACCCACCUACGUGCCGGGGCCCCUGCUCCAUUCCCGGGCUCUGGGCUGUACUUGGCGUCUGUGGUGACAGGCCCGAGGCAGCGCUGGUCCCUCCGGGGCAUCUGCAAUGUGCCAUGGCCAGUCCUGGGGCUCAGGGUGCCUGUGCCCUGCUGGGGAAUGGGCGGUCGACCCCCAUCGCCGUACCCGUUCCCCUGGCAUCUUUCCUGCUCGGACUCCAGCCCGUGCCGUGGCUCCGGGCUGGUGGGGCUCCGGCACGGUCGCCUCUCGUGUGGGCCACGGGAGCAGCAGCUGGCACAGCAGCGGUGGGACGCAGGCGCUCCUCAAAGCAACGUGGCUGCAGGACAUGCGAGAAGCUCCGAGUCCCGGGGCCACAGCGAGUCCAGCGGGGAGGGCGCUUGCCGUGCACACAGCUGACCCACUUCCACCCGGGCACCCCCCACAUGGUCCCUGGCACCUGCCAGGAGUGAUCCCUGAACUCAGCCGGAAGCAGGCACGGAUGGGUGUGCCAACGACCAAAAGCACCCGGGGGCCCUGCACGACUCAGGCAGGAAAAUGCCAAGAUCUCGAGGGAAGGGCACGGAC